AAUUCGUGUCUUUCCAUUGGCUGAAAACGUAACACGUGACGCACUAUAAAUAAGCUGUGUAAACUUUUACAAUAAUAUUGUAAACCUCGCAUUACCAUAAAUAGAUGUGACGUAGCGUUCAUCUUUCGGGUGCUCUCGGACUUUCUCUAUUGCCGUAACGAACACCCGUGAAUGACCGAACGUACGUUUGUUGACACAAUGGCGACUGCACGGUUUGCAUCGGUUGACGGAGAUGAACUAAAAGGAAUUAUAGACAACAUAGACUCUGCGAACACGAAAAGGACGACUAUGACAUCUGUAAAACUGUUCAGGGAAUAUCUAUCAGCCAAAAAUUACGCCAGGGACUUUGAAAAUUUCACACAGGAUGAUUUGGACUCGAAGCUGUCAAGUUUCUAUGUGGAAAUGAGAAACAAGAAUGGUGACAUGUAUAAGAAGUCAACGCUCAUUUCUUACAGGCACGGGUUGCAACGACACCUUGAAAAGUGUAGAUCUGACAAUAUAGAUAUCACAAAUCACAACAUCUUUCGAAAAUCCUCGCAGGCAUUCAAAGGGAUGUCUAAGGAGCUAAAACGCCAGGGACUAGCCGCUGUCAACCACCACCCACCUGUAAGCGAUGGAGAUUUAAAAAAUCUCUAUCAUUACCUUCUCCAGGGCAAUUUGGAAGAUGCCCAACUAUUGCAAUAUAAGGUGUUUAUCGACCUGAUGUUGCAUUUUGGGAGGCGAGGGAGAGAGAAUCUUGCUACCCUGACACGACAAGAUUUUGCUGUAGGCCGAGACGAUGAGGGCGCUUUGUAUGUAUACAAGACCACAGACGAACUGACAAAAAAUCACCAGGAUGAUUCACAAAAAUCUUCAGAUGGAAGAAUGUAUGAAGUUAAAGAAUCUAUGGAAUGUCCUGUGAGAUCUUUUGUCAAGUAUAUAAGAAGACUCAACCCCAACUGUUCCCGUCUGUUCCAGAAGGCCAGAAAGGACCCUAAGGAUCGCAUUUUUUAUGACAAUAUUCCUCUUGGACAUAACAGGAUUGGGUCAUUUAUGACAGAAAUAAGUAAGGCUGCAUCACUCUCCGUGGUUUACACUAACCACUCCCUACGUGCUACCACAGUGCAUGUCUUGGAUAGUGCACAUAUUCCUAGUAGGCACAUAAUGACAGUUACGGGACAUAAGUCCGAGUCAUCACUAAAAACCUACUCUGGUAAGACAGAUAAUGCUACAAAGCGAUUGAUGUCUGAAACCAUCAACAAAAAAUGUGAAUCAUCAAGAUCUAAAGGUGUCCUGGUCCAAAAAACAACCAAUGUAACCCAUCAACAAGUAAGUGAUGAUCAAGAAGGAUUACAGCUCACACAACUGACUAAUAGUCAAACUGAAACAUUCUUCAGUGAUAUUGGUGGUGGAUUUGAUGAGAAUACUUUCUUGGAUUUUAUGGAUCCCCCUCCAGCUUCAUCUACCAUUAGUGCACCAAAUCCUCAGUCGGUUGAAUCACAAAAUCCUCAGACUGUGACUGCUCCUAGUGCUCUGGAAGGCAUGCCUAUGCCCUCAUUUACGAAUUGCAGCAACUUUACUAUCAACUUUAAUUUUGUUUUGCCUAAACAAAGCCAAGAUAUUGACAAAGAAGAAACUGAGGCCAGGGAAGGUAGAAGUUGUGCACUUGAGAACAAAUAUGAGGUUCCUGUGGCCACAUUUGACCAUGAUUAUCAUGUUUCUCAAGCUUCAACAUCAGCACAAUUGGAAGCAGCACAGAUGGAGGUUGAGCGACUUCAACAGGACAAACACUAG